UGGAGCGCAGGGCUGGAAUUCAAAAGAGCAACUGCCAGAGCACCGGGCUGGAAGAAGUUCCCUCUUGCUCCAGGACUCAAGCCACAGAAGGAAGAACCCGAGGGUGGGGAGGAGUCGGGGCCACCCCCGCCCCCAGCCCCACGUCGGUGCCACCCGCGGAGAUGAAAUGUGAGUCCGGGUGGCCCAGGACGCCGGAGCGGCUGCCUAGCCUGCCGCCUGAGCGCCGCGGGCAGAGACAAAGAGACCUCGGCCCCAGCGCAGCCCCGCGCGCCCCGGCCGGGCUCCCCUCGAAGACGCUCAGGGCAAUGGCCCGGUCCCCGCGCGACCCCCCUCUCGGGAGCGCUGCCCUCUCCCUCUGACCGCGCUCCGGCUCCUCCGCGGCCCGGGCUCUCCCUUCCCCCCCCCCCCCCCCCCCCCCCAUCAGCCCUCUCUCCAGUCUGUGCGUCUGUCCGUCUGUUCUGGCGCGCAACCUCCGGCCACCGGCUUGGAUGGACGCGCUGAGGCUGCCCGGGGGUCCAGGAAUCUUGCUUCCGAAGCUGGUCCUGCUCUUUGUCUACGCAGAGGAUUGCCUUGCUCAGUGUGGCAAAGACUGCAGAUCUUACUGCUGCGAUGGGGCCACGCCCUACUGUUGUUCCUACUACGCCUAUAUUGGGAAUAUCCUCUCGGGCACCGCGAUUGCUGGCAUCGUGUUUGGAAUUGUAUUCAUCAUGGGGGUCAUUGCGGGGAUUGCCAUAUGUAUCUGCAUGUGCAUGAAAAACAACCGUGGGACCCGGGUGGGCGUCAUCAGGACCACCCACAUCAAUGCCAUCUCCUCCUAUCCCGUGGCACCACCGCCCUAUAGUUAUGACCAUGAGAUGGAAUACUGUGCCGACUUGCCGCCUCCCUACUCUCCCACCCCACAGGCUUCCGCGCAGCGUUCUCCACCCCCUCCUUAUCCUGGAAAUUCAAGAAAACAGUCCUUCUCCCAGAACAGAAUAUGUGCCAAUCAGAGAUCUUGCUUGGAAUAAAAGGCUUGCUCUAAGGAGUACAUUUUUGGGUGAAACAAUAUGUCGAGUAGAAUGUCCAGGCUAAGAAACACUGAGUUUUUAUCCUUCUCUGAGCUGACCCCAUCUGACGUACUGUUCAAUUUGAUGGUAUCAUAUUUGAAGAGAUGUACCGGUCAAUGUAAGCACAUUCAGAGAAGAGUAACAAGAUAGACAAAACAUCUGAAAAUCAUGUUGUUUAAGGAAAUUGCAAUACUGAUCCUGGAAAAGAGAAGAAUUAGGAAAGACAGGAGGACAGCCUGGACUACCUAAGGAGACAACUAUAUUCAGCGUUGCUUUAAAAGUUGGAACAAGAAUUAUUCAUUCUUUCAUGCAUCAAUAAAUACUAUUCAAGUGCCUAAGAGCUCACUCUGUGUCUUCCACUGUUUGUGAAGCACUGGAUGGAAGCUACAGAAACUUUGGUUUCUGGACGAGAACAAGGAACUUUGGUUUCAGUAUAAGAAAGAGGAGUUGGAGCUUCCUUAUUCACUAAAUUGUUUUGUGAAGUUCUCUAUUACCAAGACUUCAAACAGAAUCUGUCUAUCUCUAGAAAGGACAGCUAAAUCAAAUGGUAGAUGGAUCCACUGGGCCCCAAACAUUCUCUUCAUGUUUUAGGUAAGUGUGAAGUAAGUCUCUAUGCCUCCAAGAAUUAAAACAACUGGAAGAGUUGAAUCUUCUCUAUUUAGUUUGACAGCUAAAACAAGAUCAAAGGGACUCAACAGCUGCUUAAAGCCAAGUGCUAGCUACUGCUAUCUAAAAAUCAUGUGACUUUAAGUAGUGUUUUAUUAUGAAAAAGGUCAUUCCAACUGUCGGGGGGGAAAACCGUAUUGAGUUCCACAAGCAACAAAUACUUCUUUUCAGAUGAAGAGAUUAGAAGCCAAAUAUUCCCAUGGGAUUUUACAUCAAGGAGUAGACUCGUAGAACUUGACAAAAAAGAUAUACAACAAUUUACAAAAAGAAGAGAGGAAAAUAGAAUUUGGAUUCUGUUCUGUGGAAUUCCAUUCAUAUGUAGCUUAGUCAAAUUUGUUUCCCUUUUCUUUUAUAAUACUUUAAAAACCUACUCCCUUGAAAAAGUUAUACAGUUAAUAGAAAGGUUAUGAUAGUGACACCGAACAGUUGCCUUUUGCCAAAAUCCAAAUGUUAUGAAGUGCCUACCUUCAACUAUAAAAGUUUUUACUAAAUAAUUUUAAUGUGCCAUAUUUUGCUGCAAUUAACCUUAGCAUUUAUAUUUUUAUGUGGGUCCUCUCAUGUUUUUAAAAUUUACAUUGACAAAAUAUUGGGGGAGAGUGAUGUCACCAAGAUGGUGACCUACAUCAUUACUGAAUUUGCUCCCCCUCACAAGAAGAACAAGUAACAACUAUCCAAAACAAGACACCACUGAGAGAAUCCUAGAACACAGGAGUGAGGCUGACGCACCCCCCUGAACUUCAGAGACCAAGACAGACUGUAGUAGAGGGGUAAGAGAAGCGACUACAUGUUGACUGCAUUGCCCCUCCCUCAGGACAGUGCAGCACCACGGGAAGAGAUGUCUCCUGAGCCUCCAGUUCCUCCAGUGGAAAAGAGAACCCAAAGGAGGACAACUAACUGCCCCCCCCACCCCAGGAUGAUGGAUCACUCUGUGGCAACCCCUACUCUGAUCUCAUACCACUGGAAUUGCAGGGCUCAGCCACUGUAAAUAUAACUGUGACAGAGAAUGAGGAGGAGCUUGCAACAACCAGCCCAUGGAUAUUGGCAGACCAAGUUCAUACUGGCGGUGCCCAAAUAGUAAUCUCAACCAGGGACUUUGCUCAUCUGUAGAGCCAAGUUGGGACACACUCUGAUCAGGGAACCCAGAGGGGUGCAGAUCUGCCUUAUUCACAUCCUCAAACAAGAAGUUUGCCAGCCCUACAGCCCAGUUUUCUCACACCCAGGAAGGGUACUGAGUCACAGCCCCACCAACUGUGGAGAUUGCCUUCAGCCCCAUCUGACCAGAAGGGCUAGAGAUGACUCCUGGAAGCUGCGUGACCGAGUGACACUUGAGCUGAAAGAAGAGCAGACAGAGGUGAUAGUUUGCAGAGCCAAUGGCCUCAUUUGGCCAGGGAACUUGUGGUGUGGGUCUGCUUGAGUUAAGGCAACAAAGAGCUUUACUGGUUUUAGAGCUGCUCCUCUUCUUGCAUCCAGGCAGGGAAUCUAAUUCAUAGCCUUGCUUAUUGCUGAAGACAGCCUGCAGCCUAUCUGAGCAGGGAACUUAACCAGAGCACACAGGAAGCUGCAUAGCCCAUCUAACAGCCCUACAUACUGUGGGACUCGAAGAGAGUGCAGCCCUUGGCUUCCUCCAUCUGCACAGCAUCACCUGACAAGGGAAUUCAGUGGACACUCAGGCCUGAUUUGUGCCCCAAACAAUGAUUUGUAUGGGUCCUGAGCCCUGGCUGCUGCCCUGCCAGAGCAGAGAAGCAGGUAAGAUAGCUCCAUCUACUACUGAAUAUAGACCCAGUCCCAAACAUCUAGUAAGUCUGAGCAGAGAAUAAGACAACUGAGGACCCCAUCCUAUAGCUUCAUAUGGAUAGGGAACCAAGCCAGCAAUCAUAUCCAAGUAUUUUCAGCCAGUGGUAAACACACUCCAUCCCUCUCUUCAGUGUCUGAAUAGAUGCCUUGCCUAAAGAAGUCCAUAAUAGCAGGUCCCACCUGCCCAAAGGCAUUCCAACAGACACACCCACCUAAAAUGAGCUGACUACUGAAGAGCUAUCUCUGCCAAAACAAACCUGUAAAGUCUGGAAAAGGAGGUUAAUUACUCAAAUGCUCAGGGCUGCCUGGGUGGCUCAGUCAGCUAAGUGUCUGACUUCAGCUCAAGUCAUGGUCUCACAGUUUGCGGGCUCAAGCCUCACGUCAGGCUCUGUGCUGAUAGCAAAGAGCCUAGAACCUGCUUCAGAUUCUGUGUCUCCCUUUCUCUCUGCCCCUCUCUAACUCUCUCUCUCUCUCUCUCUCUCUCUCUCUCAAAAAUAAGUAAACAUUAAAAAAAUUUUUUUAAUUACUCAAAUGCUCAGAUACCUAUGCAAGAAAUCAAGGCUCAUGAAAAAUCAGGUAAAUACGUCACCACCAAAGGAAACAAAUUAAGCCCCAGUGACUGACCCUAACGAAAUGGAAAUCUAUAAACUAUCAGACAAAAAAUUCAGAAUAAUACUCCUAAGGAAGUUUAGUGAAUGACGUGAAAGCAGAGACAGACAACUAAACAAAAUUAGGAAAACAAUGCAGGAAAAAAAAGAGUUUGACAAAGAAAUAGCAACCAGCAAAAAAUAAAAACAAAAACAGAAAUCCUGCAGUUAAAAGAUACAAUAACUGAACUGAAGAAUUCAAUAGAGAGUUUCAAAAGUAGACCUAAACAUGCAGAGAAACAAAUCAGCAACCUGAAGGAUAGGGCAUUGGAAAUUACCCAGUCAAAGGAGAAAAAAGAAAUUUUCUUUUUUUCCAUAGGGCAAAGAAAACCCUAUGGAAAUUAAAGGAUAAUGAAAACCAACAAUAUUUGCAUCAUAAGAAUUCCAAAGGAAUAAAAGGAGAACGGGACAGAGAGUCUAUUUAGAGCAAAAAUGGUUGAAAACUUACUGAACUUGGGGAGAUAAAUGGAUAUCUAGAUCCAUGAGGCCCAAAGGAUCCCAAAUAGGUUGAACCUAAGGGUAUAGGGCUACUCUAAGAGACAUUAUAAUUAUAUUGCCAAAAAUAAAAGGCAAACAACAACAACAUUUAAUAGCACCAGGAGAAAAGAGAACUUACAUACAAGGAACCCCCCAUAUGACUAUUGGUAAAUUUCUCAACAGAAACUCUUCAGGCCAGGAGAAAAUGGGGUGACAUACAAAAUACUAAAAGAAAAUAACUGUCAACAAAAAUUCUAUACCCAGAAAAGCUGCCCUUCAAAAAUGAAGGAGGGAUAAAGAUUGUCCUGAACAAACAAAAGCUGAGGGGGGUUCAUUACAACUAGACCUGUCUUGCAAGAAAUGCUAAAGGGAGUUCUUUAACUCCCCUUAUAAUUAACACAAAAAUAAAAACACAAAAAGGUAGCAUGAAUCUCACUGACAAUGGCAAAUAUAUAGUCACAAUUGGAUUAUGCAAUAUGGUAAUAGUGAUACACCAUUCACAACUCUAGUUUAAAAAUAUUUUUUAAGAAUGUAGCAAAAAUAACCAUAAAUACAAUAACCUGUUGUUAUUUGCACCAUAUAAAAAAACCAUAAAUUGUAACAAUAAUCUAAAAUGUGAGAGGCAGAGGGGAGCCUAGGAGGCUCAAUUGGUUAAGCAUCUGACUUUGGCUCAGGUUAUGAUCUCACGGCUGGUGAGUUCGAGCCCUGCAUUGGGCUCUGUGCUGGCCACUUGAAGCCUGGAG